CACCGCGUCCUCGACUUCUACGCCUUGGGCGAGCCCCUCCCCGCUUUCCUCGCCGCCGCCGCGGCGCGGCCCGACCCCGCUCGCGCCGCGGUCGUGGUUGGUGGAUACAGCGCCCGCGUGGACGCAUCGUUCCUCGACGCCGUCCCGUCCGUCCGCUUCGUCUUCAGCACCGGCGCGGGCGUUGACCACAUCGACCUCCACGAGUGCGCGCGCCGCGGCGUCGCCGUCGCCGUCGCCAACUCUGGGACGGUCUACUCCACCGACGUUGCAGACCACGCCGUCGGCUUGCUCAUCGACGUGCUCAGGCGCGUCUCCGCCGCCGAGCGGUUCGUCCGCCGCGGCCUCUGGCCGGUGCAAGGCGACUACUUGCUAGGCUCCAAGUUAGGUGGCAAGCGUGUUGGCAUCAUCGGCUUGGGCAGCAUCGGCUCACUGAUUGCAAAGAGGCUUGAGGCCUUCGGCUGUAUCAUCCACUACAACUCCAGAAAGCCAAGGGAUUCAGUCUCCUACAGACACUUUUCCAACGUCCGCGAUCUUGCUGCUGAAUCGGAUGUGCUUGUUGUCGCGUGCGCGCUGAACAAGGAGGCACACCACAUCAUCAGCAAGGAUGUACUUGACGCACUAGGAAAGGAUGGGAUCGUCAUAAACAUCGGCCGAGGACCAAACAUCGACGAGGCCGAGAUGAUCAGGGCGCUCAAGGAGGGCAGGAUCGCUGGAGCUGGUCUUGAUAUCUUUGAGAACGAACCCAAGGUGCCUGCCGAGCUCUGGUCCAUGGACAAUGUGGUCAUGACGCAUCAUAUCGCAGUGUUUACUUCAGAGUCCAGGUCAGACCUGCGCGACACAACCAUUGCCAACCUUGAGGCCUUCUUUUCCGGGAGGUUGAAAAUGCCAUCAUUCUCUGAAGAUGACAAGAUUUGAUGACUAGAUUGUGUUCCGAAAUAAGAAAGGCAGACGCUGAGAGAAUAUCCAUCAAAAUGCUCUGCCUUGGUACAAAGGAUCGACGUUGUGCCCUUUAGACCAGCCUCCUGUAGAAUUAUGAGACACUAUGCUCUUUGGAGUGCUACAUUACUAAAUAACCCCACUCAUACAUAUUGUUUUUGACUUCUUUGAUUUGUAAUUUUGUAUAUUCUUUAAUGAGCACAACACUGAAGAAGUAUUGAGUGGUAAAUUUGACUGAACUGAGCUGCAAUUAAUCUAA